UAAUAUAUAUAUAUAUAUAUAUAUUAUUGUAUAGAAUGGGAUGGGGAGAUGUUGGGACAGGCAGGUGGAUCAAGGGGGAUGAAGGUGUUGUCGUGUUGUUUUAAGUUUCGGAUAUUUGUUUUGUGUACAUUUGGAAUGAAAUGAGUGGGAUGGUGGAGAUUCCUUGGCAUUGUUAUUGUUUGUUGUGAUGGAUUUGGUUGGCUUGGGGGAGGGUCUCCGGGUCUCUUGUUCUUCCGACUUCCUAAGUCGAGCCCUUCGAUGAACCCCAACAGCGCGAUCGCUGCGGUCAUCCAACGGCUGCGCAAGCUUCGGCGUUCUCGCCCGACGUGAAGCUGCUUAAUUAAGCACGUUAUGUCACAAGGGGCUUAAGCAAAACCUCCAGUGGCGUAAGGUUGCUCAGCAGCUGCAGAAGCUGCGAACAAUUGGUUUGGACAGCAAGGUUUGAACUAUAGAUUGACUCUAACUCUAGACAUACAAGAUACUUGUCCGAAUUGGACCAUUCCUUCACCUUCCACUUUGUCCUGUCCCUUUUGAGACUUUGUCAGGGUGCAAGAUGAGAGGCAGAAUCACAUGUUGGGUGCAAGAUGAGAGGCAGGCAGAACCACAUGUUGACAUUCAAGUGGGAAUGCUAAUUGGCCCCACUGUGUGACUGGCUGAGAAGUCUUUCAGAAGGUUCGUGACACGUAGUAUAACACGUGUUGACUCAACCCCUCCGCGUAAGCCAGAACCGCAGUCGCGUAAGGGCCGCAAAAAACUUUCGCCAAAGUCAAUCUGUUACGACAUAGGAUAGAAGUUUUCGGAAACGCUCAGUUGGUUUGCUUUCGCUUGAACCUUUGAAUGUAGCGACUGUCGAUUUGAGCAGGUCUUAGAUUGGUCUCACCUGGUACAGUGUGGAAGAGGCCCGCGGUGGCGUUCCAGAGCUGGUGGAAUAUCAAGGAUGUAGAACAGCAAUUUAACCAAGAUGAAAGCCAGCUACCUUUACCGGCCUUUAACCAACCUUCAAACGCCUUGAAACCACCGACUGGGCGACGUUUGGGCCUUCGGCGACGUGCCGAACGAAGGAAGCUGCGGGCGCCGAGGCGAAUCGUGGAGUCCAACUUGGUCUUGGGGAACUUCUCUCAGAGUUCUCGAUUGCACGUGAACAAUGUGAUGAUCGAUCGCCCCCAGGGCCCCUUGCCGGGCAGUGCCAGCUACAUGGCACCUGAGUUGAAACGGCAGGCGAUGUCCAGCACGGACCGACCAAUUGAAAUCAAAUCAGAUUGCUGGUCGGUGGGCUGUUUGCUCUUCCUGAUGUUGGAAGGGAAACCUGCCUUCAGCUACAGUGAAUUCCCCAAACGAGCGGAGAAGGGCCAAUACCUUCAACCGCGAGGACCCAAAGAGGUCCGAGACUUCCUGGCCACCUUACUCGAGGUGGACUACGUACGCCGAGCUGAUGCCCAGUCUGCCUGGGUGGAAGCGCAACGUUUGUGUGGACAGUUCCCCCGCAGCUCAGAUGUGGAGGCGGACCAAAGAGCCAUGCUUCUGACCUGAGAUGCACUCGGACACAGGGAGCAACCGGUAGCCGCGCUUGCAGGGUUGGUAAGACACCAACCAGUGAGUUCCGCUGUGAAGACCGG